AUGUAUAUUGCAGAAGACGAAACGGCAUUUUACUUACAAUCUAUAAAGGUGAACCGGAACAAGAAAUCACUUGGUUUAUCCUUCCAGCACAAGUCAGGCGUCGAGAUCCUCCACAAACUCGCAAAAGAAUGCGAUGUAUUGGUCGAGAACUAUCUCCCCGGAGGACUCAAAAAGUACGGCAUGGACUAUGAAACUCUGCAAAAGAUCAAUCCAAAGUUGAUCUACGCCAGCAUCACCGGGUAUGGCCAGACAGGUCCAUACAGCAAUCGGGCUGGCUACGAUGUCAUGGUUGAAGCCGAGAUGGGGCUGAUGCAUAUCACUGGUGCUCGCGAUGGUGCCCCAGUCAAAGUUGGUGUGGCUGUUACUGAUCUGACUACUGGACUGUACACAUCAAACGCUAUCAUGGCGGCAUUGAUUGCUCGUGGUCGGACUGGCAAGGGUCAGCAUAUCGAUGCUUGUCUGAGUGAUUGCCAAGUUGCGACUUUAUCCAACUUGGCUAGCUCGGCACUAAUCAGUGGACAGAAGGACUCUGGUCGAUGGGGUACCGCACACCCAUCCAUUGUGCCUUAUCGAAGCUACAAGACUCAGGACGGAGACAUUCUCUUCGGCGGUGGCAAUGACAAGCUUUUCGGUGUGCUGUCUGACCGAUUAGGUUUCCCCGAAUGGAAGACGGAUGCUCGUUUUGUCACGAACAGUGACAGAGUACAGCACCGAGCAGAAAUUGAUAGCAUGAUUGAGAACAUCACUGCUCGGAAGACUACCCAGGAAUGGCUGGAUAUCUUUGAAGGCAGUGGUAUGCCUUAUGCGGCAGUUAAUGAUAUCCAGGGUACAUUGAACCACAAACACGUCCUGGCACGAGAUAUGGUGACUGAGGUUGAGCAUCCUGCUUGCGGUCCCAUCAAACUUGUCAACACUCCCAUUAAGUACUCGGAAGCGAAACCGGGCGUGCGCUCGCCUCCUCCUACCCUGGGCCAGCACACUGAUGAGAUCUUGGGUAGUAUCCUGGAGUACAGUGAGGCUGAUAUUGCCCGCCUGAAGGAUGAAGGAGUUUUGUCAUAG